GAGCGAGAGGCCGGCCUUGGGCAGCCCAUUGUCUGCGCCGCGGAGCCCUGGUCCGGAAGCCGAAAGAGCAGGAGCCCCGAUCGCGCUCAUCCCAGGCGCAAUGCUGGGCGUCCGCCGCUUUGCAGCUGCUGCUCCCUCUGCUCGCCUCAGGGCAGGAGACCCGGGCAGCUGCUGAGAGGAGGACACCCUCCGCAGAAAGAGAGAGAGAGAGACCCUCAACCUCAGGACCGGAGCAGCCUCCUCCUCCUCCUCCUCCAGCCCUUGCCUUCCCUUAUGGAGACUCUGAGCGCAGUGAGGGCCAAAGUGGGGGCUCGGAGCCCCGGAGGCUGUGAGGCGCUGGGAAGCAGCGGAGGAGCGGCCCAGGACUCCUCCACUGCCGCCUGCUCUUCCUCCUCCUCCUCCUCCUGCUGCUCUUCCUCUGCCUACAGACUGGAGGACCUGGAGACCUUGGCCACUGUGGGGACAGGUACCUUUGGGCGGGUUCACCUGGUGAAAGAGAAAUCAGCCAAAGCCUACUUUGCGUUGAAAGUAAUGAGCAUUCCAGAUGUCAUUCGACUAAAACAAGAACAGCAUGUGCACAAUGAAAAAUCGGUCUUGAAAGAAGUGAAUCAUCCAUUUCUGAUCAGACUAUUUUGGACUUACCAUGAUGAACGCUUUCUAUAUAUGCUGAUGGAAUAUGUACCUGGGGGUGAACUUUUUAGUUAUCUGCGCAACAUGGGACGCUUUAAUAACAGCACUGGACUGUUUUAUUCUGCAGAGAUUAUUUGUGCAAUAGAAUAUCUCCAUUCAAAAGAAAUUGUUUACAGAGACUUAAAGCCAGAAAAUAUUUUAUUGGACAAAGAGGGGCAUAUCAAACUCACAGAUUUUGGAUUUGCUAAAAAACUGGUUGAUCGGACGUGGACAUUGUGCGGGACUCCAGAGUAUCUUGCCCCAGAAGUUAUACAGAGUAAAGGUCAUGGAAGAGCAGUGGACUGGUGGGCCCUGGGCAUUCUGAUAUUUGAGAUGUUGUCUGGGUUUCCUCCAUUUUUUGAUGACAACCCAUUUGGAAUAUAUCAGAAGAUUCUUGCUGGGAAAAUAGAUUUUCCAAGACAUCUGGAUUUAUAUGUAAAGGACCUUAUUAAAAAGCUUCUGGUGGUUGACAGAACAAGACGGCUAGGAAACAUGAAGAAUGGAGCUGAUGAUGUGAAGCGCCAUCGGUGGUUUAGAUCUAUCGACUGGGAUGCUGUACCACAGAGAAAAUUAAAGCCUCCUAUAGUGCCGAAAGUAUCAAAUGAUGGUGACACAUCAAAUUUUGAAGCUUAUCCUGAAGAUGACUGGAACAAGACACCUGCUGUACCUCCUAAAGAUUUAGAAAUUUUUAAAAACUUCUAAGUGUGAGACAGACAACAUUAUUAAGAAACUGGAAGACGACGGAUGUGCUAUCUGGGAACUGGAAGAGAAGAACUGAAAACAUUACUGAAAUUUUUAUUUGAAAUUAAUACAAAAUGUUAUUCCAUUAUGUAUAGUCUUUAAAGAAAUAAGGUUUAGAGUGGGGAAGGGACAGUACUUGUGCUUAGUUGUACAGAUCUGGCAUUAGUUCAGUAAACUAAAAUAUUAAAGCUCAUCUUUCAGGUGGAGGCACUGAAACUGUUAUAGGUUUUUAAAAAACAAAAAGUUAUUAUUAAUUUUGUUUCAUGCUAUGCCCAAAUCUUUUUUGCAUAGUUAUCUCAUAGACUAACUUUAUAAGUUUAUAUUAAGAUUGUCUUUUAAAGCACAAAUUAGUAUAUAUGUAUAUAAGUAAAUCAGUACAGUUAAAGCACAGAAACUGUGCAGAAAUGUAAAAUUUUGUACUUUACAGAUUCUAUGGUUUUUAUUCUUAAAUGUUUUUCAGAAUGUUUUUAGAAAUAAAAAAUCUUGAAAAGAUAGGUUUUUCAGCAUCAUCUAUAAUUUUAUAAUUCUUUGUAAAAAGGAAUAUACACAAAAAAUUGAAGAAAUUGUAAUAUUUCCAGUGCUUAACACCUGCAGCCAUACUACUUGAAAGCUGAAAGAGAAACCAGACCUUGUUAUAUAUUUUAAUUUAUAUUUAAUUUUCCUUACACUGCAUCUUAUUUUAUUUACAAAUUUGACUUAAAAUGAUGUGCACAUCAUAAUUCUUCGUAAUUGCAUACUAUGUGAAAUCAUAGCAAGAUUUUAUGUGUCUGUGUCUGUCUUUAUCACUGAUUGCUAAUAAGGUCUGUUAUCUGAAUGUAUAUUUACUUGCCAUACUUGCAGGGAUCUAAAAGUCACAUAAGCUAUGGUUCCCAAUAUGCAACUCCCCACUACCCCCCAUUUUGCUCUUCAAAUCCCAGAAACUAAGCAAGCACAUGAGUUGUAGGGAUACGUCUUAAAAGUCAAAGGUCAGGAAUCACACUUAUCUAAAUCAAGCCACUACCCUAAGUACAGAUUUGUGAAUGUUUGUGUGUCAUUAAACAACAGCCUCAACCUAUUGCUUGUUGUGUGGGAAAGUCACCAGAGAUCAAGCAUCACAGAAAUUCUGUGUUACUCGAAUGUGUUACUUUUCACACAUUGAGUUGUGACUCAUAUGAUGAUUAACUUUGAAACAUAAUCCUCUACAUAUUAAGUCCCUAUAAAUUACAGCCUUAUAAAUUAAAGCAUGAAAUUUGUACUUGAAUCCCUGAAAUUAAUGGACUGACAUUUCCCCAGAACAGUAUACAAUUGUCAAGUUAUAUAAUGUGGCUUUUGUGUGUAUUGGGAGAGGAGAUUGUUCAACCAGAAGUCUGAAUUUAUUCCUACCCUAUUUAUGAACAAUAAGUGUUCCAAAAUAGUUAUGUCAAUCUUUCAAAAAAGUUUUUUAACAAUAAAGUAAUAAUUGUAUUAAAAACAUUUUAAAUUUUAUAAAUUUUAAUAAUUUUACUGUUAACUGCUGGACUUUUUUGUUUUGGUAAUUCAUUGUUAUUCAUUACUUUUUAGACAUGCCUUUAUUAUAUAGCAACCUCACGUUUAACCUUGAGUUAAAAUGCAGAACAUAACAGUUCAGAGUGGGAAUAUGCAUAUACCAGAUAAUCUGAAUGAAAAUAGAGAUUGUUGAGUUGUACUUUUCUAAAUAGUGCUACUAUUAGGGUUGAAAUAAUUCAGGGCUUCAGAUGUUCUUUCUCUGCACAUCUUAAGAUAUUUUAAAUUGAUCAUUUUUAAUUUCUUAUAAAGAUUGAGCUACAGAGUUGUCCUUUUUUAUUUAACAAGUUAAACAAACACUGUAAAUUAGUUCAUGCAGAAAAUUACCCUUCAUCUGAAUCAGGUGCUUACUGGAACAUGCCUUCCCAGAAUAGAAUGUUCCCAGAAUACAGAAGAUGUUGUGAUGCUUCAGUUCAAAAUGCACUCAUGAUCCAAAUCAGCUAUCAAGCAGUGAAGUCACAGACCAAAAUCAUAUUAUUGAAUCAGCAGUAAAGUGUCGAUAAAUUGUUUUAACAAAAAACAGGGUAGAAAUAAAAGUUUUAUUUAAAGUAAAUAAACACUUUUCUAAGAUUCAGAAUGCAUUUACACUGUAGAAAUGGUAAUUGGACACCACUUUAAGUACUGUAGCACCAUCAUAUGGAAUUCUGGGGCUCGUAGUUUUACAAAGUCUUUAGCCUUCCCUUCCAAAGAGUAAUGGUGCCUCACAAAACUACAAAUCCCAUGAUUCUGUAGGAUGGUCUUGCCAGUUAAAGUAGUGCCAAACUUAAUUAUUUUAGAUGGUGCACACUCAGUAGAUCUACUAAAGUUAAACUAACAAUAGGAUUCAGCCUUAGAGGUUUCCUUACUGGAUAAAUUAGCAUUAUACCACAGACUAGAAAUAAAGAUGGUAGAGAAAUAAAUUAAUGAAUGGACUGGGAUUAACUAGUCACUGGAUUGGAUCCAAUUAGACAUGUAUUUUAUUGACACUAAUGGGACAAGUGAGUUAUGAGUUGACUUGAUCCCCAGUGAAAUUAGUAGGUGCUUAAGAUAAACUAACGUAGUUUGAACAUAACUUUAUAUGUUCAUCUUGCAGCUUGAGUCUCUUAUUUGGGCAAGUACUAAUAGGCACAUGGAUCACAUUUUUCUGGAACAGCUUACAAAUGUCUAGUUAAAUAAUAUAGUUGUUUGUUUUGGUCUGACUAGGAGUUUGAGGCUACUUCUAUUUCAUUUCCGAACAGGUGUCCUGAAAUGCUUGUGUCAGUUUAACAAAAACAAAAGUUUUGUUUUGUUUUUUAAAAUUAUUACAUUGAUUACAUUAAAACAAUGGAAUAAUUAACUUUUGUCACUAAUAGUUACACAUUACUUUAUAGACAUGUAUAUCAUUACUAUGUAACAUUUUCUAAUUCAACCUUCUUGAAAAUAUAGCUUUAAUAACAGCUGCCUUUUGGAACUAUUUGCCCUUCAACUUAACACUGCACAAAAGAGCCAGCUGCAUUCAUUUACUAUAGCAGUGUUGUGCUGCCCAUUUCUUUUAAAUGCUUUAUCAUAAUCCAGCUUCACAGUUAGACACAAUCCACUACCUGGACUGACAAUAGUUUUUGCGUGCUAGAAUAUUACUGGUGACCCUACCCUAAAAAGUAUUGAUACAAUCAGUACAAAACAAAGUAUUCCAUGUGAAUACUUGAUUUGUUGAUUCGUCACUGAGGAUGGGAAGCCAUCAAAGCACUUACCACUAAACACAGAAUCAUGCAUUUUAAAAUGGAUAUUUACUAAAAAAAAAUAAUAAUAUAUCAAUGCCUCAUUACUGAAAUUAUUAUACAAGUGGCAAAGAAAACUGUCAUCCUUUUGGAGGCAAAGAAUGAUGCACCAAAUAAACACAACCAGUUUUCAACAUUUGAAUUUGUCUAAAUUUUUCAGAUACCUAUUGAUUGAUUUCUGUUAAAACUUAUGCCCCUAUUAUUAUUAUUAUUUGCAGCUAUUAUUAUAAUAGUGAGAUUCUUAAAAGAAUUUCAACUAGAACAUGUUUUCCCCCAUUUCAGGUGAAACAAAUUGUGAUGGAUCAGUGGGUGAAACUAAAAUAUCUCAGGUCCAAAACAGAUUGCAGAAAUAAUCCAGUUUGAGACCACUUUAACUGCCCUGGCUCAGUGCGAGGGCAUCCUGGGAAUUGCAAUUUAUUGUAGAACCAGAGCUCUCUGACAGAGAAGGCUAAAUGUCUCACAAAACUACAGUUCCCAGGAUUCCCUAGCAUUGAGCCAGGGCAAUUAAAGCAAUCUCAAAAUGGAUUAUUUCUGCAUGGUGUUUUGGUCUUUACUUCUAGGCCUUCGUAAAAUACCUUCUAAAAAUUACACUGCGGAUUACUGGCAUGUUUUUAUAACCAAAAAUUAUAUGAUGUAUUUUAAAUGGUACAGUUGAUUAUCCUGUGAAUUUGCUUAAAUGAAUAAAAACCUUUUGCUGUUCAGUUUUAACUAAGGUGAUCUGGUGUAGAAGAGUAAUUAUAAUUUAUCGAAAUAUAGGUACUAAACUGUGUUUAGAUGUAUAAACAGAUCUUGAAGGGAAAAUAGGAGGUAAAAUAUAUCAAGCUUAGUGUCUUGCCAUGCAGGAAAGUUAAGGUUUAAUGCUUCAUUUACGAUAGACUUUUUCAGUUUUCAAGAAAUGUAGCAUGAUUCUUUUGUACUGUACUGUGUACAGAUUUACUAUGUUUUACACUUUUCUAUGGCAAACAUGACAGCUUUAUAUAUAUUAUGUUGUACAAUAAGUAAGGGAUAGUUCAAACUAUGUACAAAACCAAAUUGAGCAGAUAAAAGAUUUCAAGGCUCAUUUGGACUGAUGUCAGAAAACUGUGUGCUUGUUUCAACUCAUGUGUAUAAUAAGUACUGUACAAAUGCAUAAGCCAGUCCUCAUUGCACAUUGAAAAUCACUGUGAUCUGUAAAUAAA